UGUUUCUUAAUUUUUUUACAAGUUGAUAGCUAUACACUAAAAAAAUAAAUGCUAAGUACACCCCAAAACAUUCAAAUUUAAUUCUAUUUUUUUUCUCAGUUCUAUUAUUUUCCUACAGUAGAGAGGUGAAAUUGACACACUAGAACCAACAUUGUCAUACAGAUUCAAUUCUAAAUCUCUCUCCUACAGAAUGAUAAGAAUUAAGAAAUGACAUGUUAAAUGUGUGACAAACUAGAAAUUAUUGUCCUAUAACUUUUGAAGAGAAGGGGAGGAUUUAGCAUAAAUACUCAAUAUUUGAGGGACGAUUACAUGAAUGGUGCCAAGCUCCGAAGCAAAAUCCGGCGCAUUCGUCGCUAACCAACUAAACUGAAAAUGGCGCUACAAAUCCACACUCCAUCUUCUCCCCAUAAACCCUAUCGUCGCUAUCUUCCAUACACGCCCUUCUUCGUCCUCACCAAAUCCAGAUUCGCUGUUAAAACCCAAAAGCCCAUCGUCGAUUCCGAGCCUGUUGCUGAGCCUCCGCCGCCCAAAAAAGUGGCGGCACCGGGGUAAGGGUUUGGGUCAUCUUCUUCUACCCUCUCACCGCCGGGAAAGUCCACGGAGAAGCAGAAGAGCAAGAGAGAGAGGGCAUCGGUAAUCAGGCGGUCACCGGUUGAGACCCAGCUUUCUUAAGCAAAGAAGAAGAGGUUAAAUUUGAGGAGCAGAGGAGGAAUGAGAGUGCUUUUCCUCUUGCUUGGUUGGGGCUUGGUGGGAUCAUUCUUGUGGAGGGAAUUGUUCUUGCUGCAUCAGGUAUGUGCGUAGGAUUUGGUGAAAUUUGCAUUGGGAUUGGGAAUUUAAACUCGGUUUAGGGGAAAUGAAACUAGAUACGUUGUUUGAUCUUGGGGGAGAAAAAAGAUGACAACUUUUUUGAGAAUUUUUGAACUUCAUAGUAAGCUGCCCUUUCCAGUUUAUUCAUUCAAGAGUUAGAUGAGUUUCCUGGUAAUUUAGUUUAUAUUCGGUAGAGUUCAGUUGGAUUACUGAAUAGUUGUUUCUUGAAGUCAUUAUUAGCCAAAAAUGGACUAAUGUAUUACUAUGGUUUACCUCGUGCCACGUCUUGCAAGAAGAACAAGAGUAAGUACAGUCCAUUGUAAUGAGCAAUUUAAAGCCAAGUUUUUUUAUCAAGCAUUAUCUGCUUGUCAAAACUCUCAAAACAUGCAAUGACUUCCACAUCUAACACGUCUUGAGCCACAGCUUAUCAGGAAAAACCAAGUCACCCUCCAUUAGAGGGUAGACCUAUAGCAAACUGCUUCUCUAGGCUCUUUCAGACUUAACAUCAAUCUCCUUACUGUUUAUAAUAUUUAGUUUCAUCUUAAGCUAACUUAUUUUUGAAAAUUUAUAAUACUUAGUCUCUUUACAGAUGUUAUUUAUUUAGGUAAAAAAACAAAAAAUGAAAAUCAUUUUUAUUUCUCCACAAAAUUGGACAUGUUCAGAUAAGUGAAUUCUAUUAAUACUGGAAGUAAUGUACAUGUUGCUCUGAACCUGAAAUAUAACAUCAUUUCCUUU